ACGUGAGCAUUUGAAAAAACUUUAUUUACAACCAUAACUGGAACACCGUCAUUUCAAAAACAAGAUAUUAUCAAAACGAGGGACAAGGCUUUAUUCUGCAUGGGAGCUAAUCAAAAGGGGUUGACCCAGUUUGAGGAACAAGCUCAACAGUUAUUCAUAGCUUCUGUGUCAAAUUACCAAUUCUGAGCAACAUAUGGCAUCAGAGGAGAUGGAAGGCUUGUGCCCUUUGCCAGAGGUGACAGACAUCAAGGUAGAGCUACCAGUCAGCAUGGGCUCAGCGGAUGCCAAUUCACAGAACACCAUGGGAAUAAAGUUUAUUUUACCCAAUCGCUUUGACAUGAAUGUGUGCUCACGCUUUGUGAAGUCAUUAAAUGAAGAAGACAGUAAAAACAUCCAGGACCAGGUGAACUCUGAUUUGGAGGUAGCCUCAGUGUUAUUUAAAGCGGAGUGCAAUAUCCAGACAUCUCCCUCACCUGGUAUUCAGGUCAGGCAUGUGUACACACCAUCGACUACCAAACAUUUCUCUCCGAUAAAACAGUCCACCACACUCACCAACAAACACCGUGGCAAUGAGGUCUCAUCCACACCGUUGCUUGUUCACUCACUGUCUAUACACCAGUUGGCAGCACAAGGAGAGAUGGUGUUCUUAGCAAGUCGAAUAGAACAAGAAACAGUGAUAAACCUGCAGGAUGAAGAGGGAUUCACCCCAUUAAUGUGGGCAGCAGCUCAUGGCCAGAUUGCCGUGGUGGAGUUUCUUUUACAGAGUGGGGCAGAUCCUCAUCUUUUGGCCAAGGGGAGAGAGAGUGCAUUGUCACUGGCCUGCAGUAAAGGGUACACCGAUAUUGUAAGAAUGCUUAUCGACUGCGGAGUUGACGUCAAUGAAUAUGACUGGAAUGGUGGAGCUCCACUACUCUAUGCAGUGCAUGGCAAUUAUGUUCGUUGUGCAGAAAUCCUCUUAGAGAGUGGCGCUGACCCUACCAUGGAAUCUGAUUCUGGUUUCAACGCUAUGGACAUGGCUGUGGCGAUGAGCCAUAGAAAUGUCCAACAGGUCUUGGAGGCUCAUCUGCUCAAGCUUCUACAAGGGAUCAAAGAAUGACCAUGAUAUGAAGUAACAGUGAGAGGAAGAGAAGGAAUACAAGGAGAUUUCGAAAGAACAUUCAUUGAGUGUUUAAUAUCAGUGAAAGGUCGACGUGGACAUUUUGUUUUGCACAUUUAUGAAAUUCACCAACCUUGAAAAAUUAGUUCAUAACAAGGAUGCAAAAGGCACAGAUCAACAAAUGCAAAAGUACUGAAUUUGAGUGUUGCAAAUCAGCUGACAUAUGUAGAAUUUUGUUAGUGAUAUGUGUGUUUUGGGUUUAUGCCACAAAGAUUUUUACCUAGUAUCAUUGGAUAGAUACAUUGCAAAAUUAAGUGGUUUCACAUUAAACUACACUGGAAUUAUGAAUGGCUCAAAACGUUUUGGGCACUUUAGAAUAAGGUGGAAAAAUGACUGAACAUGGUCAUCAAGAGACGUCCAAGUACUAAUUCAACAGUUGUCAAAGAUGACAAUUGUGAUAACUUUUUUUCUUUCCUGGACUGCACUCUUUUAAAUUAAGUUUGGUGCUACAACACUGCAAAUAAACAUCAUUACAUUUAUUUAAACUUAUGGUAGUGUUUGAUUAUGUAAUUAAUAUUUAGAGAGCUUAAGGACAUUUUAGAAGGACAGAAAUAUACAACCUACCACACAAGUCAUUACUGCCUUCAAAGUUAGCCUGUCUAACAAGACGCGUUAUAGCUAGUAAUUCUAAAAAUGUUCCUUGUACCAUUUCUGACCUGCCAGACAAUUAAGAAUAGUCUUAAAAUGUAGGCGAAGACUAUUUGUUUCAAGUUAAAAGCAUGUGUGAACCGAGCACCAAUAAUAAAUAAAAAAGUAUUUAGUAAGCUUUUAGUCAAUAACAAAUGUUUAUUUCCAGAUGUUGAUUCAAAUAGGCUGCAAACAAGUGAGCCUUAUUAACAGGGAAGGUGGAGGCAAAGAUGCCUCUUGGACCACACAAGCAAACAAACACACUGUGCAUGAAGCUGUGUGGUACAAACAAUCUCACACUCUCAGCUUGGACACAAAUGGGUCACAGCAGUGCACAAGAUUCAGGAGAUGCAAUAUAUUUAUAAAAGAAAAA